UUUCAGACAGUCCCUUUGACGGCUCAAAACCAGCUGCUCUGUUUUCUCUGUUUUGUAUAUUUACCCGUCGUCUCUUUCUCAUCCCUUUUGACUCUGAUCCAGAAACCGCUUCACAAAUUCUCUUCAACACCCACCGCUAAGCAAAUUGCAAAAGUCGAACCCGACGAAGAUACUAUAAUUAAAAAAAAAAAACUAUUUCCUCUCUACGGAAGCGUCGAUUGAUCUAUUGGUUUUUUUUUAUUUGUUUUGUUUUUUGGUCUAUUCGUAAAUGAAAAUUUUCAAAAACUUGGUUUUGUAGAAUCUCGCUUUGAUUAAUUUCACUUGUCGCCGAUUUUAGGGUUUGAAUUAAAUGGAAUCUAAUGUAAUGUUCUCUGGGUUUAGUCCCACAACGUUAAGCCUCGAGACUCCUCAGAAUCCUCCAAACCCAGUUCAGUUUCAGCAUCCUCAUCCGCACCCUUACACAGCCGCCAACGAUCAGCAAACUCAUCAACAACAACAACAACCGAUGAAACAGUUAUACCCUUACGCAGCCAAGACCAAACAGCUCUCGCCAAUAAGCGUCGGCGGAGGAGGAGAAGAAGACGACCGCGGGUCGGGUUCCGGAUCCGGGUGCCACCCGGAAGACAGCGCCGGAACCGACGGGAAGAGGAAAAUCUCUCCGUGGCACCGGAUGAAAUGGACUGACACUAUGGUCCGGCUCCUCAUCAUGGCGGUUUUCUACAUCGGCGACGAGGCCGGUGGGUUGGGAGGAGAUCAAACCGACGGGAAGAAGAAGAUCAGUGGGGGGAUUCUGCAGAAGAAAGGGAAGUGGAAGUCCGUGUCGAGAGCCAUGGUGGAGAAAGGCUUCUCAGUGUCGCCGCAGCAGUGCGAGGACAAGUUCAACGACUUGAAUAAAAGGUACAAGAGAGUCAACGACAUUCUCGGGAGAGGCACGGCUUGUCGUGUAGUGGAGAAUCAGGGUUUGUUAGAAGGGAUGGAUCAUCUCACGCCCAAGUUGAGAGACGAGGUUAAGAAGCUGCUUAACUCUAAGCAUUUGUUUUUUAAGGAGAUGUGCGCUUAUCAUAAUAGCUGCGGGCAUUUAGACCAAAAUCAGAUCCCGGUUCAGUCUAAACCGGAUCAUAAGGGGUGUUUUCAGAUGGCGAUGAUUGUGGAGAGAGAGGAGGAGGAGGGAGAGUCUGAUAUGGCGGAGGAUUCGGAGACGGAGAUUGAGGACACGGAUGAGGAGGAGGAGGAGGAAGAGGAGACGAGUAAGAAGCGGAGGGUAUCCGCGGCUGUGAAGCGGAUGAGAGAGGAGACGGCGCGCGUGUUGGAUGAUCCCGGGAAGAGCGCGUGGGAGAAGAAGGAGUGGAUGAGGAGGAAGGCGCUGGAGAUUGAGGAGAGGAAGGUCGGGUACGAGUGGGAGGCGGUGGAGAUGGAGAAGCAGAGGGUGAAGUGGAUAAGGUAUAGGAGCAAGAAAGAGAGGGAGAUGGAGAAGGCUAAGCUGGAGAACCAGCGGAGGAGUCUUGAGACGGAGAGGAUGGUUCUGGUUCUGAGGCGGAGGGAGAUUGAGCUGACGGAGUUGCAGUUGGCGGGUAAACGGGUCGACCCGAGUUCAGCGACCGGGGUGAGAUGAUUAGUGUUAGGACUUUGUGUGUUUUGGGUUCGAUUUAUAUAAAGUUUAUUAGUUUCAAAUCUGGAUGGUGGUGCUUAGGAUUCUCACGUUUUCGCCUAAUCGGCACAUUAUAUAUUAGUAAUUAAAACUUAUUUAACGGAUGAUUAAUUGGUA